UUCAUUUUUCCUCGACAGCUAUCAGCAGGUGAGUGGCUAUGGCAUCUCGUCUGCUGAUAGAAUUGUUACGUUUAUAUUUGCAACGCUACCAACUGCGAAGCCAAAGAAUUUUCCUGCGAUCUUCAGAGGAUCCUUUUGAGUUUUCUGAUGCAAAAUUUGUUAGCAAUUUCAGGCUGUCCAAAGACUUAGUUAGGAUGCUCUGCCAAGAAUUAAAACAUGAUUUGCAGCCACAUGGAAGCCAAAAGACUUGCAUCAGCACAGAAAAAAAGGUUCUAUGUGCUCUGAGAUUCUUUGCUACAGGCUCGUAUCAAAGCUCUGUAGCAAAUGAAUACUCAUUGCAAAUUCACAGGACUUCUGUUAGUAGAUCAAUUUCCCGAGUCUGCCGUGCUAUCGAAAGGAGAUUGCUGCGGGAAUGGAUAAGUUUCCCAACAGAUACAAGAAGUCUACAAAAGAGGAAGACUGAAUUUUAUCAGUUUGCACAAUUACCAGGGGUCAUAGGUGCGAUAGAUUGCAUCCACGUCGAAAUUGUCAAGCCACCUAUUGAAGAUGACCUCUACCCGGAACACAUUUUUGUCUGUGAUGCAAAGCUCAGGAUUCUGAACGUCAAUGCCAAAUUUCCGGGUGCUUCCCACGACUCCUUUAUUUGGAGAAAUUGUUCCUUAAAGAGGAAGUUAAGGGACGUGGUGGAAACUGAUACCAAUGCUUGGCUAAUAGGUGACAGUGGAUAUCCGUGCGAACGAUGA